UUGUCGCGGUCGCGGUCAAAGAGAUAAUAAAAUUAAACAUUACUGUUGCGGUGAUCUAAUGAUCUUGAGUUUCAUAAUUCGCUCAUAUUUAAAGUUUGUAAGAUAAAAGAUUAUAAUCGCCAUCUUAUGUAAAGUUUCACACAAAGUUUCAAUAUUAUCAGCUAUAUGCACGUUGGUGGAGUAGUAGAUAUAAAAUGAAUAAAGUGUUGUGUAAGUUUGGACUUGAAAGCUCAAAGCUAGUUGUUUCUAGAUAUUUAUCUGUUUCAGCCUCAAAUAAAACUAAAUAUACAUGUAAGCUAUUGGUUGUUGGGGGUGGCUCUGGAGGCUGCACAGUAGCUGCUAAGUUCUCCAGGAGAUUGAAGAAAGGGUCCGUUAUUGUAUUGGAGCCUAGUUCUGAUCACUACUAUCAGCCACUGUUCACGCUGGUGGGGGCGGGAGUGACCAGUGUCGCCGCCACGCGCCGCGACGCAGCCAGUGUACUGCCAUCAAACGCUGUUUGGAUCCAAGACUCUGCUAAAUCCAUCAAACCUAGCCAGAAUGUGGUGAUUACCUCGCGGGGAGACGAGAUUAGCUACGAGUAUGCAGUAAUUGCUGCGGGGCUGAAGAAUGAUUAUGAUAAGAUCCCCGGCCUACCCCGCGCCCUUAAAGAUAGCACAUCAGGCGUGUCCACAAUAUACGCCCCGGAGUACGCGGAGAAGACCUGGUCGGACAUCAGGAGCUUCGAAGGCGGGGAGGCGGUGUUCACAUUCCCCGACACGCCCAUCAAGUGUCCCGGGGCGCCGCAGAAGAUCGCCUACAUGGCUGAUGCUUACUUUAAUAAGAAAAACGUGAGGUCGAAAUCAACGAUUACAUACAACACUUGCCUCCCGACGAUAUUCGGUGUGAAGAAAUACGCGGACGAACUGAUGAAAGUUGUGGAGCGCAAGAAAAUAAAGGUGAACUACAGGUCCGUGCUCAAGUCCAUCGAUGUCGAUAGAAAGGAGGCUGUCUUCACUAAGUCCGGGGAUCAAAACGAGCAAUUCACGCUGUCCUACAAACUGCUGCACGUGACGCCGCCGAUGUCCACUCCCGCGUUCCUCCACUCGCCGGAGGUGUCGGACGCGUGCGGGUUCCUCACCGUCGACAAGUUCACGCUGCGGCACGACAGACACACCAACAUCUAUGGCAUCGGCGACUGCACCAACACGGCCAACAGCAAGACCGCCGCUGCUAUUGCGAAGCAGUGCUACGUGCUGGAGCGUAACCUGUGGGCCGACAUGUCGGGCGGCCAUGGUGCCCAGCGAUACGACGGCUACGGCGCCUGCCCCAUCGUCACCUCGUACGGGACCUGCAUCCUGGCCGAGUUCCUGUACGACGGCGUGCCGCACGAGACCAUGCCUUACAACCAGGCUAAGGAGAGUAAGAUAGCGUACUACAUGAAGCGGCACCUGUUCCCCUUCAUAUACUGGAACAUGAUGCUGAAGGGCUGGUACCACGGGCCCGAGAUCGUCCGGAAGAUCAUCAAUCCGUUCGGGAACUGACUACCACCUCGGGAAUUACACUCUAGUAUCAACCUUGUAUGUGCCACUUCACAAUAACUACAGCUUUUCUAUAUAUUUGUUAUUAUCCCCGCAAGUUGAGAGAGGGACGGGCAGCCAUCUCUGUGACGUCGGACAGACAGUCCAAAAAUUUCCGAAGACUUUCUGCUGAAAGCAUGCGAGCAGCAAAGCUAUUUUACGCCACGUUCACAUAAUAUUACAACGGCGAAAGAAAUCUUUCAUUGUAUGUAAAAUAGGUCUCUAAAGGGUUCAUGUUCUUGUUCCAAAAAGGACUAAUUGUUACACUGUAAUUAAAGAGGAACAUUCUGUUUUUUACUUAUUUCGUCAUUUAAUAGUGACAUGUGUAUUGUAUGAUGUUAAAAAUGGAAUUGUUUUCGUAUUAUGAGUAAUUUUAUAUAAUAUAACAGUGCUGUCGGCACAAUGAUGUUAAUAACUUAGCAGACUACACUUUGCACUGACUCUAAGGCUGAGAUCUUUAGAGCGUACUUAGACUUUACUUACGUAAAACUUAGCUUAGUGUGAUAAAACGUGAACUGGAGUCUUGCAUUGGGCUGUCUUAGCUUAAGUUCAGUAUAACUUCAGCUGUUAAAUGAAUAUAAAAACGAAAUCAUAGAUUAUGCUAAGUUUACAUUCAGCUAAGUUUAACAUAAGUAAAGUCUGAGCAAAGUCUAAGAAUGCUGUAUAGAUCUCGGCCUGCAGGUAGCAAGUACAUAAAUAUAGAAAUAGAAUGUCAUUAUAUAAAUUUAUUAAGAUUAAGAUUUUACUCUGUUUAUUAUUAAGACAACUGCCUAAUUAUAUCAAUAUUACAGAAUGUGAAUAAAAAACAAGAACUAUCUAAACCUUCAUAAAUCUAUAUGAUGACAUUCUAAUUAAAUAUAUUCUUGCAAAAAUAUAUUUAUUACAUUUACAAUUCGCGUGCAUCAAAAUAAAUAAGUGUUUGGUUCAAUCGUAUUGUUGUCAAGGUUUUGCUUUUACAUAAUACAUAUUUAAGCUUUGUUGGGGCAUUUGUUUUAUGUCAUCAAAGCAGUUAAAUGAGGUACUUCUUCUUCUUGUCCUCAACAGUGUGACAUGCAUCAUAAGACUAUUAAAUAUUUUACUAAUGGUAAGUAAUUUUUUUUUUCAAAAUGUAAUACAACCUGUUAAUAUUACAUUUUGUUGAUAUGGUCGGCUAAAUACUCUUAAGGAUAAAAUUGUGAUAUUUUUUUUUGUGAAAGUGGAUAUUUACAUUUGUUAAAAUUUAUUUUUAUUUAUUUUUGUGAUAUAAAUAUAUCAACCAUUUUAUUUCGUGACUAAAAUAAGAACUAAGAAUUUGUAAAAUAUAUAAAAAUGUAUAAAUUUACAUAAAGUUUCGAAAUGCUCCUGUCACUGUACAUUUUUAACAAAAAAUAAUUAUUUUUGUAUUAAUUAGUGGGUAAUUAAAUGUUUGGAUGAUAUUUAUGUGAAUGUUGAACUAAUGAUUAAAUAUAUUAUUUUUUAUUCAA